AUGGUGGUCAUCAAGAGUAUCAAGUCACAUGAUGUGCGAUUUCCUACUUCCCUAGACAAGGCUGGCUCAGACGGCAUGAAUCUAUCUCCAGACUACUCGGCCGCUUUUUGCGUCCUUGAAACAGACGACCCUAGGCUUACCGGCCAUGGCAUGACGUUCACGAUUGGCCGUGGCAAUGAGCUUGUCUGUGGUGCGAUAGACCUUCUUGCACCUUUGAUCGAGGGCAAGGAUCUCUCUGAGCUUACAGCCGACUGGGGCAAGACCUGGCGGUACUUGACCUCAGACUCUCAGCUGCGCUGGGUCGGUCCAGAGAAGGGCGUUAUCCACCUUGCCCUCGGCGCUUUGGUUAAUGCCAUCUGGGACUUGUGGGCGAAGCAGCUAGGCAAGCCUGUCUGGCGCGUGAUCGCGGAUAUGACGCCGGAAGAAGUCGUGCGGUGUAUCGAUUUCCGCUAUAUUUCAGAUGCUUUAACCCCUGAUGAUGCGCUCGAGAUUCUCAGAGCUGCGCAACAUGGUAAGGAGCAGAGGAUCCAGGAAGCUUUGAAGAACCAAGCUGUUCCAGCGUAUACGACUAGUGCAGGAUGGCUAGGCUAUAGCGAGGACAAGAUGAAGAGAUUACUUCAAGAGAGUGUACAACAGGGCUUCAAGUAUUUCAAGCUCAAGGUUGGAACGGAUCUCGAAGAGGAUUAUAGGAGGUUGAAGAUUGCGCGGGAAGUUCUGGGGUAUGACAUGGGCAAUGUGCUCAUGGUGGAUGCCAAUCAGGUCUGGUCUGUUCCUGAGGCUAUCACGCACAUGCAAGCUUUGGCCGAGUUCAAACCAUGGUUCAUUGAGGAGCCAACGUCUCCCGACGACAUCCUGGGCCACGCCGCGAUCCGCAAGGGAUUAUCCGACACACCCUAUGGCCCAAUCUCUGUGGCCACGGGUGAAAUGUGCCAGAACCGUAUCAUGUUCAAGCAACUGCUUCAGGCGGGUGCUGUGGAUGUGAUCCAGCCUGACGCAUGCCGAGUUGGGGGUGUCAACGAGGUCCUCGCCAUCCUACUGCUCGCGUGCAAGUUUGGUGUCCCUAUCGUGCCCCAUUCAGGCGGUGUUGGUCUGCCUGAGUAUACCCAGCAUUUGAGCACAGUUGAUUAUAUCGCUAUUAGCGGUAAAAGGAGCGUGCUCGAAUUUGUAGAUCAUCUACAUGAGCAUUUUCAUCAUCCUUCGAGGAUCGAAAAUGGUUAUUAUGUAACUCCGCUGGAGCCUGGCUAUAGCGUGGAAAUGCUUCCAAAAAGUAUGGAAAGAUACAAAUACCCAGGCGGGAAGAAGAGUUGGUGGAGGACGGAGGAAGCAAGGACGGUGAUUAAGCAACCUCGAGUUAAGACGCUAUAG